AUGGAUCCACUCUCGAACCGUAACCGCAAGAACAUAUUAUCCCUGAGCGCCUCACGGACUCCGCAGACGGUACAGGCAACGAUUGAAUCAUCAGCAACCGGUAUGGCCACGCAUCUGCACGCUCAUCGUCAGCAACAACCUCAGCAACAGCAACAACCGUUUUAUCGUCACGGGCAGCAACAUCCACUCACACACUCAGCCUCGAGUCCGGCUGUCCAGGACAGUCAUCUUCACCAGCAGCAGCAACAGCAACAGCAUCAGCAGCAGCAACAGCAACAGCAACAGCACCAUCACCAUCAUCAUCAUCAGCAUCAUCAGCAACAGCAGCAACACGUCGAGGGUCUACCGAAAGCUUUCGUGGCUGCCAUGCGCACACUUUUCGACAUCAUGGACGAUCGGAAAACUGGUUUCGUGCGCUUAGCGGACAUCGAGGAGCGUUGGCAGGACGACGGUUCCAAGGGGUUGCCGCGUGGAGUCAUCGACAGCCUGCGUAAGGUGACGCCCCCGAAUGGUUUGCUAUCGUUCGAGCGGUUUUGCGGUGGGCUGAAGAUUUGUCUGCUUCGCAACCAAACCACACUCACGUCGUCUUCUCACAUCCAUUCGACGUCUUCUUCACCGCUGGCACGUGAUGGACCGCCAGAUUUGAAGGGUUCCAUGGCGAAGUUGUCGUUAUCGAGGCCUCCAUCGGCUCCACUGCUCGAUUUGGACACUGGUGGAGCUGGAAAGCUUGGUUCGUUGGUGCCAGCGUUAUCCUCGUCGUCAUCCUCGUCGACAUGGGCCACGGCAGGACCCACCAAUACGGCCACGGUGCGUCCAAACAACGCCAUGCCGGCUCAGAAGACGCUAAGCAUGCCACAAUUACUCAGUCCGGAUGUUGAGCUGGAUCUCGAACCACCACCGAUUAUCCUGCCCGGUGCAUUUGGUCCUCCAAAACCACCCCGAGUGUCAUUGAACCUUGACCGAGCUGCAGCACAUUCGCACCAACAGCAGCAACAUCAACCUCCACCGCAUCACCACGUGACUGGAAGCUCAAGUAUCGAUAAGGCGGAAAUUCGGAACGCGCUGCAAAACUGGCAAAUGUCACUGCUCAUGGGUGAAGCCGGUGGAGAUAAGGCGGGUGGGGACAAGGGUGGGUUACGGCCCCUUGCACGUGGUUCCGCCGAUGGUCAGACGGAUCUUUCCACCUCAUCACCGUCGCUGCAAUCCAUCAACCAGCUGGAUGGAGCACGACUCGGUUCCGGUGGAUUGUAUCAGAAGAAAUCUCCGGCCACGGCUGGACGAAGACGGGAACCACGACGCCACACGCUGCAGAACGGCGUCGACUACAACAUGCUGAAGCGGUUGAAGCAGAUCGAACAGGAAAAGGACAUCCUGCUGCAGGGCCUGACGGCGGUCGAGAAGACGCGCGAUUGGUACCUCAAGCAGCUGACGGUGGUGCAGGAGAAGAUGCGGUACCUUGGCCGUCCCGGAUCGCACAUGGAAACAUGGACUGAAACACAACAAGAACGGCUGGAUCUACAGCGAGCACGUGUCCUCGAAGUGAACCGCCAUUUAAUGAUGUUAGCCGAAAGCUGGGAACGCGGUGGAUUCCCGAUGCACAUGAACCUUGCCUUACGGCCACUUCCCGGUACAUUUUCCGGUCCAUCUCACUACCAGCCACACCUCCGGCAGCACGCCCAACCGCAAACAUCGGGAACGGGGCCACCGGCCGUUCCACCACCUCCACCAUCCGGAAGUUACCAACCCACACAUCCGACCGGCCAGCCACACCAUCUCCAGCAGCAACCACCGGAAAUGGUUACUCAUCUGAAGCAACAGAACCACCAGCUGGUCGAGGAGAUAAACCAAAAGAACGAGAAAAUGUCACUGCUGGAGCGCGAAAAAGCCGCCCUGAUAAGGGAGCUGUUGCAGUUGCAACGGGCAAAUCGGAACAGCAGCAUGAUAUCGAACACGGAGGAGCUGGUGUUCUGAUCGAUCGAUCGUUCCGAACCCCCCGUGGUGCCAUGCUGUUCGAGCACGAAACAAUUUUAGCGAGAUUUCCUUCACAACGCUAGUCAAUGCAGGCAGCAAGCAAAGAAAAAACGAACGCAGUAGUUUUCUUUCGUGACGAAUGCAACGUGCGAUUGUGUGUUGUGUAAUAAAACUGGUUCUUUUU